GGUGCGGAGGCGGCGAUUCGGCGCGCGGAGGCGCCCUAGGCGAGCGCGGAGGCGGUCGUCGCGGCUGGUCGUGCGAAAGUUUUCGCUCCCGCGGUGGGCGCGCGCGCAGACGCCUUUGAGCGCGGGAAAAGAAGCCCCGCGCGGGAAGAAUAAGACGGGGAGGAGGCUGCGCGUGCGCGGAAAGGAAGCCGCGGGCUCGGACGGCUGCUCACCUGCCUGCGACCCUGCCUCGAAGCUCGAAGGUCGUCGUCACCAUCGGUCGAGCUCGUCCACGCCUUCCUCAUCCUCCGCCAGGAGCUCCUCACCGCCGGUGCAUCCCUCCCGCCGCCGCCUGGAGCUCCUCCACGCCUCCCGCACCCCUCCCCGACGGCUGCUCCUGCUCCCCUCCCUCCUCCCCCAGUGGUAGCCCCAAGUGGCAAGCUUGAUUUAGGAUGUCGACAACAGAAAGUGAUGCAGCAGCUGGUGCACAUGCACCUGCAACUGAGACUGAAGGAGCUCAUCUCCUGAAAAGGAAUUCAGAUGAUGUGGGAUGGCAAUAUGGGAUUCUUGUUGAUCCUAACAAGGACAAGGUGAAGUGCAAGUUCUGUAACAAGGUGAUGCAAGGAGGGAUAUAUCGCUUGAAGAAGCAUGUUGCCCAUGAUGGGAAGAAUGCAACAAAAUGCCCAAAGAGCACAGAUGAAGCUAAAGAGAAGUGCCAGAAAUCACUAGAUGGUGCAAAAAGGAAGAGGGCAGACAAGGUGGUUCGUGAGCUUGAACUUAGAGAGGAAGUGAAUGUAUCUCAGGUUGGAGAAGAGUCAGAGGAAGUCACCUGUGUUGGUAGUUCAGAGCCUCACAAAUUAGGGCCUAUGGACAAAUGGACAAAGGCUAUAGAUCCUAAAGCAAGCAGAAGUGAAUCUUUGCAGCAACAGAGGCUUAACAAGGAAUUGUGGAAAGAAAGAACACAUGAGGUGCACAAAUAUAUUGCAAGAUGGGUCUAUACUCAUGCAAUUUCAUUCAAUGCAUGUGACAAUGAUGAAUUCAAGCAGAUGUGUGAAGCAAUUGGCCAGUUUGGACCUAGACUUGAACCACCUACUCAGGAUUCUCUAAGAGAGAAAUUGCUGGAAGAAGAAUAUGCAAGAACCAAGAGCUUGCUGCAAGAAUGUGAUGCCGAGAAGAUGAAGAAUGGGUGCUCUAUUAUGACUGAUGCUUGGACAUAUAGGAAGCGGAGAAGCAUAAUGAACUUGUGCACCAAUUGUGCUGAUGGAACAAGCUUUAUUAGCUCCAAAGAGAUGUCAGAUGUGUCACACACAAGUGAGGUCAUCUUUGAACUAGUGGACAAAGAAAUUGAAGACUUUGGUCCAGAAAAUGUUGUGCAAGUAGUGACAGAUAAUGCCUCUAACAACAUGGGAGCAAAGAAGCCACAGCAAUUAUAUUGAAUCCAACCUUCUGGAAGGAUGUGAAGCUAACAGUGAGUGUUUUUGAGCCAUUGUUCAAGGUUCUCCGCUUGGUUGAUGGUGAUGUCAAGCCAUCCAUGGGUUUCGUUUAUGGAGAACUACUAAAGGCAAAGAGAGAGAUCAAGGAGGCCUUGGGCAAUAAUGAGUCUCGGUACAAGGAGGUCAUUGCUGUUAUUGACAAGAAGAUGAAGGGAAGAUUUGAUUCUCCAUUGCAUUUGACAGCUUAUUUGCUGAAUCCACACUACAGUUAUGCUAAUCCAGCAAUCUUUGAUGAGCCCUCAAUAACAGAAGGAUUUAUUAGUUGUGUGGAGACCUAUUAUUAUCAUGAUGAGGAUAAGCAAGAUCAGGCUGCUCAUGUUGAUCUGAUAAAGUUUCAGAACAGGGAAGGACCAUUUAGCAAGAACCUUGCAAGGACUUUCCAAAAUUUUGAUUACAACCCAGCAUCAUGGUGGCGGCUAUAUGGAACUGAAGUACCAGCCUUACAGAAGAUGGCAACAAGGAUCCUCUCUUUGACAUCAAGUGCCUCUGGUUGUGAAAGAAAUUGGAGCGGGUUUGAAGGGAUACACACUAAGAAGAGAAAUAUGCUUACUACAACACGUCUUAACAAGUUAGUCUACAUUCAAUUCAACUCCAAGCUGCUUAAUAA